AUGAAGCCGCUGCACCUGCUUAACAAAACUACCCUAUCCGAGCUCACCGCCCACCACUGCCAAGCCAUCAAACUCUCCCUCACUGCCGACACCUACGCCUCCAACAACCUCAUCAGCCGCUACUCCAAAUGCCGCGACCUCACAUCCGCCCUCAAACUGUUCGACGAUAUGCCCCAUCGCGACAUCGUCUCCUGGAACACCAUCAUCGCCGCUUAUGUCAGCUCCAGCGACUUUCCCCGUGCCUGGGAAACCCUCAAUUCCAUGAGAAAGCAAGAACUCUCGCCAGACGGCCACACCUUCGCCAGCACGCUCAAGGGGGUCGCCGCCAGGUCCUGCCUCAUCUGUUGCCGGCAGAUCCACUCAGAUAUAAUAAAGAAAGGCUAUUGCAGCAAUGUAUACGCUGCGAGUGCUUUACUGGACGUGUAUGCAAAGUGCGGCAGGGUCGAGGAUGCAGAUCUGGUGUUCAGGAGCUUACCGACCCCGAACAGAAUCUCUUGGAAUGCUCUGAUCUCGGGGUAUGUAGAGGCCGGGAAUCUCGUUCGUUGUCUCGAGCUUCUCUCGUUCAUGGAGAUUGAGGACGUGGGGCCGGAUGAUGCGACAUUUGCGCCGAUUUUGACCUUGCUUCGUGAUGUCCGUUUUUACGGCCUGGUGAGGCAGCUUCACGGGAAGAUUACAAAACGUGGUCUCGAGCUCGAGAAUACCGUGCUGAAUGCCUUGAUCACUGCAUAUGCAGAGUCUGGAUGUGUUGAUGAUGCAAAGAGAGUGUUUGAUGGUUCGGAUGGGUAUCGGGAUUUGGUGACGUGGAAUGCCAUGCUGGCAGCCUAUUUGGAGGGCGGAAGCUCGGACGGGAGUGGGUUCGGUGUUUUCUUGGAGAUGGUGAGAUUGGGGUUGAAGAUGGACGCUUAUACAUAUUCCAGCAUGAUAAGCGCUUGCUCGGGAGAUUUACAGUUGGGGCUCGGGAAAUCCUUGCACUGUUCGGUGAUCAAGUUCGGUUUAGAUCGGUUAGUACAAAUUUCCAACGUGUUGAUUUCAAUGUACUUGAAGUGUAAUAAUGGCCAAGCCGUGGAGGAUGCACUGAAGGUGUUCGAGAAAAUGCACACAAAAGAUGUUGUGUCAUGGAAUACGAUUUUAACCGGGCUGUCGCAAAAGGGACUAAGCGAAACAUGCAUGAAGGUUUUCCAAAAGAUGCACGUCGAUUACAUGGCGAUAGAACAAUACGCAUUUGCAGCUGUCUUGAGGUCAUGCUCGGAUUUAGCCACUCUCCUAUUCGGCCAGCAGGUUCACGUUCUCGUGAUAAAAUCGGGCCUCGAGAGGAACGAAUACGUCGCGAGUGCUUUGAUAUUCAUGUACUCGAAAUGCGGGAUUCUCGAAGACUGCUCGAAAUCCUUCGAGACGUCACGCAUGGAAACCUCCGUGACUUGGAACUCGAUUAUUUUCGCUUACGCGCAGCAUGGGCAAGGCAGAGUCGCGCUCGACUUUUUUUACCUAAUGGUUGAGAGGAAAGUGAGAGUCGACCAUAUCACAUUUGUUGCUGCUCUCACUGCAUGUAGCCACGUGGGUUUAGUAGAUGAAGGUCUUGAAAUCCUAAAAUCCAUGGAAAGGGAUUAUAAAAUCCCGGCCCAAAUAGAAAAUUACGCGUGUGCAGUUGACUUGCUUGGGCGGGCGGGUCGACUCAUGGAAGCAGAGGAACUUGUUCGUGAAAUGGCUUUCGAGGCCGAUUGUGUGAUGGUGUGGAAAACAUUACUUGGGGCUUGUAGGGCGUGUGGCGACAUACGAUUGGCUACCAAGAUUGGUGGUCGGCUGCUUGAAAUGGAUCCGGGAGAUCACUGUACGUAUAUUCUGUUGUCAGAUAUGUAUGGAAAUCUGAGAAGGUGGGAUGAGAAAGCGAGCGUGAAGAGGCUGAUGAGAGAGAAGGGAGUGAAGAAGGUGCCCGGUUGGAGUUGGAUCGAGUUAGGGCACAGUGUUCAUGCUUUUAAUGCGAGUGACCAUUCGCACCCGGAAUGCCGCCAAGUGUACUGGACGUUGCAAGAAUUAACCGGAUUUUGUGAAGAUAGUUUGAUCCUUGAUGGAGUUACUCUUGAUGAUAUGUGUUGA